AUGAAUUUUGAAGUUUUUGUUCAUGUUGCCAACUUGAAAGAGGCCGACUAUUAUUUGCAAAAUGUAGUAAUCGAUUUGUACAAAGAUGUCCAGCCUAUUUAUGUUAACCCAUUUGAUGAUCCGCUGAUAUGGGAAGGUCAUUCUACAAUAAUCGAUGAGAUAUUGAAUACUUUGACACAGGAGAAUAUCGAGGUAGGUUCUGUGAAAGGGAUCAUCUGCAGCUUCAGUGGAGGCGGGUUGUAUAACGGUAUCAUGCAGGGUCUUGAAAAGUAUGACUUGGCCUAUAAUAUCCCCGUUGUGGCCGUUGAAACGAAGGGUUGUGAUGUUUUAAAUCUUUCACUCGCUGCCAAUAAGCCGGUACAACUUGACUCCAUCACGAGUAUUGCGAAAUCUUUGGGUAGUUCAGUUGUAUCGCAAAAGGUGUUUGAUAACGUGAUUAAAUACCACUCGAAAUCGUUGGUUUUAAACGAUUCUGAUGCUUUGGAUACCUGUUUCAAGUACCUUGAUGACUUUGGCACAGUUCUGGAACCAGCAUGUGGUGCAUCCGUUCAUACGGCUUAUCACUACAAUGUCCUAGAAGAAGCACUAGAUCAGAAGCUGAGACCUGACGACGUUAUCAUCAUUAUUGCUUGCGGUGGCUCGUGUGCGACGUUUCAAGAUCUGGAAAGAGCGAAAGUUCAACUAGGCAACAAAUGA